UGCCAUUCCAGGUCGCUUGGGAUAUUGCAAUCUUCAAAUACUUCACAGUGCGUACUAAGUCCCUUAACAUCCUUUAGCAUCUUCUCCGUUAGGACCUCCUCCGUUCUUUCUCUGAACUUCUUAUAUUUUUUAAGAAUUUCUCGGUCAUUUAAUAUCUCAUAUGGAAACUCCAAGAUCACCCCUACAGCCUCCAACUUACGGAAACUUAAUCACCAUUCUUAGCAUCGAUGGUGGUGGAAUAAGAGGAAUCAUUCCUGGAACAAUCCUUGGCUUUCUAGAGUCUGAGCUUCAGAAACUAGACGGAGAGGAUGCAAGAUUAGCAGACUAUUUUGAUGUGAUCACAGGAACUAGCACUGGUGGUCUCGUCACUGCUAUGCUCACAGCACCAAAUGAGCAAAAUCGACCUUUGUUUGCCGCCAAGGACAUCACAAACUUCUAUCUCGAGCACUGCCCUAAAAUAUUCCACCAAGACAGGUCUCCCUUUGCUCCUGCGGCCAAUCUGGUCAAGGCUUUUACAGGACCCAAGUAUGACGGCAAAUAUUUGCAUCAAGUUACCAGGGAAAAGUUAGGAGAUAUAAAACUGGAGCAGACAUUGACAAAUGUCAUUAUUCCAACGUUUGAUAUCAAGCGCCUCCAACCAACUGUCUUCUCCAGCUAUGAGGUGAAGAAAAAUCCAUCCAUUAAUGCCCUUCUGUCGGAUAUUUGCAUUUCAACUUCAGCUGCCCCAACUUAUCUUCCAGCACAUCAUUUCGAAACCAAAGAUUCCACAGGAAAAGUGAUCAGGGAAUUCAAUCUCAUUGAUGGAGGCGUGGCUGCUAAUAAUCCGGCUUUGGUAGCUAUGAAUGCUGUGAUGAAAGAAAUUAACAGCGAAAACACCGAUUUCUUCCCCCUAAAGCCAACAGACUACAAAAGAUUUCUCGUGCUGUCCCUGGGAACUGGUUCACCAAAAUCUGAAGAAAAAUAUCAUGCUCAUGAUGCGGCUAAGUGGGGUUUGUUGGGAUGGUUAACUAGUGAAAACUCCACUCCUUUGGUGGAUGUGUUUAUGCAAGCCAGCAGCGACAUGGUUGAUUUUCACAUUGCCACCCUUUUUCAGGCUCUUCACUCCGAAGAAAAUUACCUUAGAAUUCAGGACGAUACACUGACUGGAAACCUCUCUUCUGUGGAUAUCGCCACCGAAGAAAACUUGAAGAACCUGGUGAAAGUGGGUGAGGCGUUGCUGAAGAAACAAGUUGGCAGGGUGAACUUAGACAACGGUGCCUUUGAACCUGCUUACAAGGCUACAAAUGAAGAGGCUCUCAAGAAGUUGGCUGACAUACUGUCCAAGGAGAAACGGCUUCGUGAAGUUAGAUCACCACAAGGCCAUGGAAAAGGUGUUGCUCAUAAAUGAAGAAUUGACUAAUUAGUUUUUUCUGCUAAUAAACAAUUGAAAAUUUCUAGUGGAGACUGAUCGCUUAUCUUGUAAUCAUAGCUACGAGCAUAUUCUAGUGGUACCAUAUCCUUGUAGCUAGGAUCCUAAAUUCCUAAUGUAUUCGUUUGUUUGAAAUCCUAAUUUAUUGUUUAUUUAAA